CCAGGUUGGUUCAGCCCCUGUAUACUCCGGGGUGGUGCUUAGCCGGCGCCAGACCGACCCUCGACUUCGGAGGGGCAGUGCGGUUCCUCUGGGCGCUUCCUCCCAGGCUUCUUCGGCUUCUUCAGCCUCGUCGGCCUCCUUACCCUCGGCUGGGACCCGCGAUUUCAGUGUAUGCCCCAGCCCUGACCCCGCUCGAGAUAUGUCUACCCCGGCUCGGCGGCGUCUCAUGCGGGACUUCAAGAGGUUACAGGAGGAUCCUCCUGCUGGAGUCAGUGGGGCUCCGUCAGAGAACAACAUAAUGGUUUGGAACGCGGUCAUUUUUGGGCCCGAAGGGACCCCAUUUGAGGAUGGAACAUUUAAGCUUAUAAUAGAAUUCACUGAGGAAUAUCCAAAUAAACCACCUACGGUUAGAUUUGUCUCUAAGAUGUUUCAUCCAAAUGUCUAUGCAGAUGGUAGUAUAUGUCUGGACAUACUUCAGAAUCGCUGGAGUCCAACUUAUGAUGUGUCUUCCAUUUUAACAUCAAUACAGUCUCUAUUGGAUGAGCCCAAUCCCAAUAGUCCAGCAAACAGCCAGGCUGCUCAGCUGUAUCAAGAGAACAAGCGGGAAUAUGAGAAACGUGUUUCUGCGAUAGUAGAACAGAGCUGGCGUGAUUGUUGACUCGGGUGCAGCAAAUGAAGAGGCUGGGCAUAUGAAAACUAUAUAUUGAUGUGUUUGUCACCUUCUUAUUCUUGUGUCAUCACAUUUACUUCAUUAAAAGCAAAAUAGUUAUU